UCCCCCACCCCUCCCUCUCCUUUUCUCUCCCUCCUCUCCCUGUCUCCCUCCCCUGUCUCCCCCCCUGUCUGAUUUUGCGGCUGUAACUCUGCGCGUCUCAGCCACACGGCAGCAUCUAACCCGGAGCGCACAGUGAGGACAAACUCUACAUAAUGACCUGAUAACCACGGGGCGGACUCACAGCUUCCUCUGACGAUCCGCUGCAGCCUGCUUUUCACCGAACAAGUUCCCUGCCUACAGGCCACAUACAGGCUCAUGAUGCUCAGCGGUUCAGUGGACGUACCCAGCCCAGGGGGCAUUAGUGUGGCAUCGGGCCGCAAUGUGAUACGCAGCUCAAGCAUCAGUGGCACCAUGUACAGCCUUGAGAAGAGCCCGUGCAGCACCGUGCCUGACACUGGAGGGACUAAAAAACGCCGCUCCAGCCUUGGGGCUAAGAUGGUGGCCAUCGUGGGGCUUUCACAGUGGAGCAAGAGCACACAGCAACUCAACCAACAAGACGGAGCGAACAAGAAACUACGCAGCACCAUCAGGAGAAGCACGGAGACAGGAAUCGCCGUGGAGAUGAGGAACCGUGUGACACGGCAGGGCAGCAAGGAGUCAACAGAUGGAAGCACUAACAGUAACAGCUCAGAGGGAACUUUUAUCUUCCCUACCACCCGACUGGGUCCUGAGAGCCAGUUCAGCGACUUUCUGGAUGGCCUAGGCCCCGCCCAGAUCGUUGGGCGUCAGACAUUAGCCACACCCCCAAUGGGUGACGUCCAUAUUGGAGUGAUGGAUCGAGGUGGGCAAAUCGAAGUGGAGAUCACCCAAGCCAGGGGUUUAACGCCUAAACCAGGCUCAAAGAACAUUCCAGCAACGUAUGCGAAGGUUUAUGUCCUGGAGAAUGGAGCAUGUCUCUCCAAGAAGAAAACUAAAGUGGUGAAAAAAACGCUGGACCCGACCUACCAGCAAACACUGCUGUUUGAUGAAAGCCCUCAGGGGAAAGUAUUACAGGUGAUUGUAUGGGGUGAUUAUGGCCGAAUGGACACCAAGUGCUUCAUGGGAAUGGCCCAGAUCCUCCUGGACGAGCUGGAUUUGUCCUCCAUGAUUGGCGGCUGGUAUAAGCUGUUUCCCACUUCCUCUCUGGCCGAGCCCAGCAUCGGUCAGCUGACCCGACGCCUCUCCCAGUCCUCACUCGAGAGUGCCACCAGUCCCUCAUGCACCUAAAAAAACCCUUUACCUUCUCUCUGUGUCUUUAGGGUCCCAUUCUCUUUUUUGUGCGAUUCAGUCUUAAAUGCAACACAUUGAAUGGAAAAGCAUUGGUUGCUAUAUUGUCCAACACAUACGUACAUACACAAACACACACACACACACACACACACACACACACACACACACACACACACACACACACACACACACACACACUUCAUUCCGUCAGUUCUUAUUGUUUCAUGAUAAUACAGCAGGAGACGAGAGUUAAAUCACACACACCAUUUCUCCCACAAGCUGGAAGGUUGCUAAUCCAGAAGCAUGUGCACACACAGACAGUCGAACGUGUAACAAAAAAAUAGAGAAUUGAAUUGUUGACAGUAAGAUUUGGCUUUUCAGAUUUCUCUCUCUCUCUCUCUCUCUCUCUCUCUCUCUCUCUCUCUCUCUCUCUCUCACACACACACACACACACACACACACACACACAUUUCAGAAGUUUUAAAGAUUAUGUAGCAUUUAUACAUGCGCACAUCUUAAAGAGCAGCAGGCUUAUGAUCAUCACGCUUAUGAUACUGUAUCAACCCCACCUCACAAAGUAAAAAAAAGAGUUUCACUUCUUCUGUUUUCCUAAAACUCUCUAUGCCAAACCUGCUCAAAAGUUUGUUUUUAAAACCAAAGCAAUUCUUCUUAUAUGUAGUGUUUGUAGAGUAUGGAUAUGUAGCAGAGUCAAUGACUUUCGGUGAGAUGCAAAAACAAAAAGAAAAAAAAAGAUCUUUAGAGUGUAGAGUCUAACGUUUUCACAGUCAGAUCCAGAAUGGCUUCGCCCUUGAUAAAGAUAAAGCUGUGGGAAAUAAACAGAACAUAUGACAUUUUAAAAAUCAACUCAAAGACAUAUUAUCUUCAUGUCACAGAAACACAACAGUCAAACAGACACUUUUCUUUAUACAUGGAUGCGACCUCCAUCAACAAGCACACCAGCACUGAGCCUUUCCCUUUAAUUACCCAGAAUUUUCCACAAGGAUUUAUUCGCAUUUCUUCAACGGAUUAACAAGUUGUCCCGAUUUUAAUUUCUUACAUCACUAUAAUUGCCUUUAGCACGGUUUACAUGAUGAGAUUACCUUCCCUGAGCCUAUUUGAGCUGCACUCAAAACAGUCAAAAAUUUCAUCCCUUAGAAGACAAUGUCUUUGUGCUGCCUCUAGGCUCAGACUGGGUCGGAUGUUCAUCUCAGAAGCACAAACACUGCCCAAAAGAUUCUCCUCUAGAAGUAACUUCUAUCUUAAAUGGAACUGUUAUUUAGAUCAUCAAGUAUCCACGAUACACGAGUUAUAUACAGGAUGUGCUGUAUAUAGUGAUUAAUCAUAUCAGUGGUGGACAAAUCACAAGCUUCUUUUUUUCUUCUUAUAGUGGGUGUAAUGAAUAGCUGGAUAAUUAAAAAAAAAUGAUCAGAGGAAAAAAAGAAGCACUAUGAACUUUCAACAAGUACUUUUUACUUACUAUAUAUUUACCAAUGACAUGUUUCUAUAUGGUCUAUCGUGAAGUCAAAUACUACAGGCACACACUACAUUCGUUAGUUAAAUAAUAAUUUCCUGGAAGCUCCAGGGUUGGAGGAUCGAUUCCUGUCUCCUCCCAGGUUUCCACCAGGUACUCUGGUUUCCUUCCUCAGUCCUAAGACAAGCCUUGUAGGCAGAUUGGCAUUACUAAAUUGUCCACAGUGUAUGCAUGAGUGUGUGAUUGUAGGCUUUGAUGGAUCGGAUGUUGCAGAUUCCCUGAGACUAUGUAUGAUAAGUGCUAAAGUAAAUGUAUGGAUGGAUAAAUAGAUGCAAUAAAUUUCCUUAUACAGAUGAUUUAUUUAUGAAAACAGUGCAAAACUCUCCAACACCUCUGAAAUACAGCGUAAUUAUGGAUAUGAAUCUUAAAUCCUAUUAAAUGAUUUGAUUAUUUAAUACAGUUAAUUAGAUAAGUUUGGGGUUCAUUCGUAAUGUUUCUGUUCGACCAAACCAUGGCACCGAGCAGCACGUUAAACCGGAAUAAGUUUUAUGAUUUGUCCAUUUCUGUGUACGAUGAAGCAUAUUCCAGCGCCACAGAUCAGUUCUACUCAUUGUAAAAUGAUGAUUUGAUUCUGUAUUCAAACACAUUUUAGUUCAGCUUUAGUUCAAAUCUGCAGAAUAAUCGAAACUCAAAUAUACACCAAGGUUCAGAUUUACCAUUAGUCCUGAUGAUAGAGUUUGAGUCAGGUGUAUGAAACAAUUUCCCCUCAACAAUUACACCAUUUUUACUUCACACAGACUAGUUCUUUUCUUUUUUUUCUCCCUCAUCCCGUUUCUGAUGCCACAAUGUGCCUCGGAUGUAACAGGGAGUUUAUAUUUAGCAUCAGAACACCGUAGCACUUUCUCCAAGUCCCAGUGCCAUUUAGGAAUUGACGUUUAUAGAUUGUCGACAAUAAGGGCUUUUUUAUUUUCCUGGUAGCACUUUGUCCUGAUGGCAAAAAGAGACCACAUCUUACACAUUUUCAUAAACGUCAUGAAAUACCAACAGACAUUUAGUUAUCUUCCAUUUUUAUUUCACUGCAUCAUUUAAUCUUAAAUUUUUGACAUAGGUCAUUAUAUAUGCUGUAUGUAUCUAUCCUUUAUGUUUAUCAAGGGUGUUUCAGAUUCAGGAUUCGAGGGGUGACUGUCAAGACGCACACCCCCACAAACACACACACACACACACACACACACACACAUACAGUACACACACAAACGCACACACACACACAC